CCCGGCGCGGCGCCCGCAGGACCCCGGCGGCUACCCAUGCUGAGGUGAGUCCGCGGGAGCCGCCGCCGCCGCCGCCGCCGCCGCCGUCCCGUGCCCGCCGCCGCCCCGCGCGGCCCCGCCGCCGGCCAGGAUGCUGGAAGAAGCGGGCGAGGUGCUGGAGAACAUGCUGAAGGCGUCGUGCCUGCCGCUCGGCUUCAUCGUCUUCCUGCCCGCCGUGCUGCUGCUCGUGGCGCCGCCGCUGCCCGCGGCCGACGCGGCGCACGAGUUCACCGUCUACCGCAUGCAGCAGUACGACCUGCAGGGCCAGCCCUACGGCACGCGGAACGCGGUGCUCAACACGGAGGCCCGCACCAUCGACGCGGACGUGCUGAGCCGCCGCUGCGUGCUCAUGCGGCUGCUGGACUUCUCCUAUGGGCGGUACCAGAAGGCCCUGCGGCAGUCGGCCGGCGCCGUGGUCAUCAUCCUGCCGCGGGCCAUGGCCGCCGUGCCGCAGGACGUCAUCCGGCAAUUCAUGGAGACCGAGCCGGAGAUGUUGGCCAUGGAGACUGUGGUUCCUGUCUACUUCGCUGUGGAGGACGAGGCCUUGCUGUCCAUCUACGAGCAGACGCAGGCCGCGUCCGCCGCCCAGGGCUCUGCCUCCGCCGCCGAAGUGCUUCUCCACACCGCCACGGCCAACGGCUUCCAGAUGGUCACUAGCGGGGUGCAGAGCAAGGCCGUGAGUGACUGGCUCAUCACCAGUGUGGAGGGGCGGCUGACUGGGCUGGGCGGAGAAGACCUUCCGACCAUCGUCAUCGUGGCCCACUACGAUGCCUUCGGAGUGGCCCCUUGGCUGUCACAUGGUGCGGACUCGAACGGGAGUGGCAUCUCUGUGCUGCUGGAGCUCGCCCGCCUCUUCUCCAGGCUCUACACCUACAAGCGCACGCACGCGGCGUACAACCUUCUCUUCUUUGCUUCUGGAGGGGGCAAGUUCAACUACCAGGGCACGAAGCGGUGGCUGGAGGACAACCUGGACCACACAGACUCCAGUCUGCUCCAGGACAACGUGGCCUUCGUGCUGUGCCUGGACACCGUGGGCCGCGGAGACCGGCUGCACCUGCACGUGUCCAAGCCGCCGCGGGAGGGGACGCUGCAGCACGCCUUCCUGCGCGAGCUGGAGGCGGUGGCUGCCCACCAGUUCCCGGAGGUCCGGUUCUCCAUGGUGCACAAGAAAAUCAACCUGGCGGAGGACAUCCUGGCCUGGGAGCACGAGCGCUUCGCCAUCCGCCGGCUGCCCGCCUUCACCCUGUCCCACCUGGAGAGCCACCGCGACGGCCAGCGCAGCAGCAUCAUGGACGUGAGGUCCCGGGUCGACUCCAAGACGCUGACCCGCAACACCAGGCUCAUCGCGGAGGCCCUGACCCGCGUCAUCUACAACCUGACGGAGAAGGGGACCCCCCCAGACAUGCCGGUCUUCACGGAGCAGAUGCAGAUCCAGCAGGAGCAGCUGGACUCGGUGAUGGACUGGCUCACCAACCAGCCGCGGGCCGCGCAGCUCGUGGACAAGGACGGCACGUUCCUCAGCACGCUCGAGCACUACCUGAGCCGCUACCUGAAGGAGGUCAAGCCGCACCACAUCAAGGCCGACAAGCGGGACCCCGAGUUCGUCUUCUAUGACCAGCUGAAGCAGGUGAUGAACGCCUACAGGGUCAAGCCCGCCAUCUUCGACCUGCUCCUGGCCGUCUGCAUCGGCGCCUACCUCGGGAUGGCCUACACGGCGGUCCAGCACUUCGACCUCCUGUACAAAACAGUUCAGAGACUGCUCGUGAAGGCCAAGACGCAGUGACGUGGCCCCUCGCCGGCGCCGAGCCCCUGCCUGCCGCCCCUCCCCGCUCCCGGCCGGCAGGAGGGCAGGGCUGCACCCCGGGCUCCGCGGCCGAGGCCCUGAAUUACAGAGCUUUUCUGUGUUGCUCUUGAGGACCUGGGGGUUCUUUCUCUUUUUUGUCCUCGAACUCCCUCAGAGGAGCUUUUGUUGGAGGGCCCGGGCCCCGGCCUUGGACUUGGGGGCAAGUAUGCGGAUGAGCUCCCGGCCCCGCUGCCCCGAUCAGGGCUCGCUGGCCGCGGAAUGGCCGAGGAGACGCCCCCGCACACCCUCCACGUCCCUCCUCUUGGCCAUGAUGCUGAGCGGGAACCGCAGGCUGCGGGGCAGGGGCCGCCUUCGCUGGCCCCCCCCCCCGCCCCCCCGCCCCGCCCCUGCUCUGGUGACGCGGGUGCUCAUCCUGUCUGAAGAAGGACCCCCAGGUUCCGGCCCCUUCCUCGGAAGCAUCGCGUUCCGCCACACUGGCCUGGGCCGAGGGCAGCCGCCUCAGGGUGUGGCCUUGGAACGUGGCUCCCUUGAGCCCCAGUGGACGCUGGUGCCCUGAAGACCCGCGGCCUCCCGGUCCGGCUCCCGCUCCGUUCACCUUCGUGUGUGCUUCUCGCCGCCUGCUGUCCCCGCCCCGCAGGGCCCCGGGGAGCUGGGGCCUGUCCUCCAGGAACCUGGGUACCUUCGGAGCCCCUGGGGCAGGAGGCGGCCCUGGAGGAGAGAGAAGGCCCCUCCCCCUCUGCCCCUUACCUCGGGCUCGCUGGGCCUCCGCCGCCUCAUUCACAGAAAGGAGGGUGUGUUCUGGGCCCCCAGGAGGGUGUCCAGGCUUGGGGUCAAGGGAGAGCCUGUGCCGGAGAAGGUGCAGCUGCGGGCCCCACAGGGCUGCCCUUCCCGGGGCCUGGGACCUGGGGAGGAAGGUCCAGGCGUGAACCC